AUGGCUGCCACUGGCACUGUACGAGGCGCGAACCCUCCACACCGCAGGCGACUCAUCCUUUGCGUUGAUGGACCAGACGGAGGCGAGCGAUUAGGUUCUCAUGGCCCACUCACCAAUGUGUACAAUAUCCUGGCCUGCGCCAAGGAGGGAGAGGUCACUGACCAAUAUGGAGGCACGUGGAUCCAAGAAAGGCAUUACGAAGGCGGCAGGGCAUUGAAAGAGCAGGGGACAAUCGCGCGGUUUAAGAGAGAGGCGCCGGGGGAGGUGAUCGAGCGAGUGUACAAGAGAUGUUGCGAAUUGAGUCAAGACGAUGAGGUGUGGAUGAUUGGUGCUGGCCGGGGUGCUUAUGCUGUUCGUGCCGUGGCAGGGUUGUUGCACUAUAUCAGAAGGCUCAAGUCGACGGGAAACGAUUUUCACCAAGAUUACAAGAGGGCUCUGAAGGUAUAUGCUGCUGUGCAGGGCAAGCGUGAACUCGGCGCCGGACAGAUGAAUCACAUGCUGCAGUUCGACACCUUGCCUGCUCCGUCCAUUCGAUAUAUUGGCGCGUUCGACACCAUCAAAGCCGAUGACCCAUCUUUUGAUACUUCGUUGAACGAUUCUAUCCAGCAUCUGCGCCACGCCGUGGCAUUGCACGAAGACCGGCGAGACUUCGUCCCGGCAUAUAUCUUUCCAGACCAGGAGAUGAUGUGUAAAAUGAAUGUCAAAGACCGCACUUUCGUUCAAGCGUGGUUCGCUGGAACACACGAUGACAUUGUGGGUGGGUCUGCUGACCAUGCUGGACUCUCGCUCUACCCAUUGCAGUGGAUGCUGCUCGAAUGCAAGGGACUUGGUUUGGUAUUGGAGUUUCACGGCAAUGCUCAGUAUGCUCCCGCUAUCGACGAUCCUCUCACCCUAGUAUUCCCGUCCAGUAUAGAGCAAGGCAAAGGUGUCGAUCCCUGGGACUGUACGAGCGAGAAUGGCAUUCGCACAGCGAUGCAGGACCUUCGGAAAGUGCACGACUUGCCUGCAUACGGCUCACGCUACAAGGUCAGAAUCAAUCGAGCACAUGGUUCCUGGUUCAAGAAGCCCCGCGAGCCAUUUGCUCGGAAACAGAACAGCACAGCUGAAAGCGUUCUGCAGGGUUAUUACAGUCAGGGGCCUGCGGGGACAAUCAUCCACCCAUCGGUGUAUUCACUCAUCGACGAGAACGUGACCGUCGUUAUGGAAACCAAACAUGCGCAACUUGUACAGCAUCUCUCGGAGUGGAGCUCAACCAUGCUGGGAGAAACUGAACAAGUCGUCGAUGAUGGUACAACCAAAAUUACGAAGUCAAUGCCAAAUCCUGGCUUCUGGAGCCGCUCGGACAACUUCGAGAUUGACGUUGAUUCAUUACCGCCUUUGCGUAUUUUAGUCUGCGGCUAUCCUGGUGUUGGAAAGUCGAACCUGGUGUCGAAGGUGUUCGGUGUUGAUCUAGGAAUCGUCUCAGAACGUCGAAGCGGCAUUCACAACGUACAUGAAGAAAUCCGGAUCGAGGGCCGGGACGACCUCUUGCUCCACGAUUCCAAAGGGUUUGAAGGUGGAGGGGUGAAAGAGCUCGAAGACGUCAAACAAUUCAUCCGCAAGCGCGCCACAGAACCCAGCCUUGCAAAUCGGCUUCACGUCAUCUGGUUUUGUUUGGAGGCCAAUACCACCCGAACGACACAAACAGCUUCGCAUGCCAUCUUUGAAGCUUUGCACGAAUGUCAUGGUGACGUUCCAGUGGUGCUCGUUGCAACGAAGAAAGACCAGUACAUCAACAUGCGAUAUGGUGAGCAAUUGAGCGAGUUCCAAUCCCAGGGUGUCGAGAUAGGUCCCGAGCAGUUUGCUCAGUGCCAAAAAUAUGCCCAGGAAGAGCUUGAAAAGAGAGCGCAGCUCAUGGUGGACGAGAUCUCCAGCUUGAAAGGCGGCAGAGUGGAUGCAUGGGUGUGCGUCUCUCGAAACGACCCGAAAUCGAUCGAACAACUUACCGAAAGGAGUUCCUCUGUCUUCAAAGACGAAGCCACGCGCCUUAUGUAUGUGAAAGCGCAGAUGACAAGGCCGGACCUCAAGAUUAACAUGGCGAUUUUUAUGGCCAUGCGCCGUUAUAGGCACGCGGUGGGUGCAGCAACCACCAGCGGACUGUUCCCACUACUCCCUACAGCAACUCGCCAAGGCAUGAAGAACGACAUCUAUCGCAGAAUAGUGGCGUGUUUCGGGGUCAAAGGGCUGCAAGCGAAGCAGGCAUUGCAAGCCAUCAAAGAUCAGAUGUCCGAAAGCACCUCAGUCCGAGGGACAAGAACGUACUGGGGAGAGGCGUUGGCGCUGCUCAGCACAGGAAGCAUCUAUAUGGCUUCGCCUAUAACCGCCCCAGCGGCUGCAGCAAUCAUGGUUCCUCACAUGGCCCAUCUUUUCUUGUGCACGACUUGCGACCUAAUUCUCGUCUUGGCAAAGUCGUUUCAAGUCGCAUCGUAUGGCGGGCGAGCUCAACCCGAUAUCUCGGAUGUCCAGACGGCAGCCAGAGCCGUGCGAGAUCACACGGAGCCGAUCCAUGCAGCGAUUGCCGAGUUGAUUCCUGCAAACAGCCCUUUGGCCGCGUUUCGAUACGGCAUCAUCCAAGCCAAGGCCCGGGACCUGCUGGAGAUGAAUUGGAAGAGACUGGCAUCGGAUACUUCUUUCACGAAGGACUCCCAGAUACUCAUACCUCGGAGUUCACGAUCGUCCUCAAGUCGCUCUGAACUUCCUGUGAGAUCGCGCGGGCCGGAUCAGGGGCUUGUAGAGCUGGAUGCGAACCGAGAGGUUGUCGAAGCAGACAGUCGAAACGUUUACCCUGAGCUGGAAUAA